UCAUGACGCUGCUCACGGUCUGAGUUAUGAGACGUGUUUUGUAAGGUAAUGUUUGCCGGGCCUUGCAUAAGCUUUGGACCGGGUUCGAAGGAAACACAGAACAGCUUCUCUCUGACUGACUCUGAAAGAGGAGCUGCUGUCUUCCGGUGAGUUAGCGUUAGCGGACAGAGGAUGUUUCCAGCCAGCAGAUACGCAUGUAAAACGCACAGAUGUAUCAGAGCAUUAACAACAUUACAGACGGACUCUGCAGCCCCUCAACUCUACACUAGUAUACACAGGAGGACCUGCUCUUCAGUGUCAACACCCCGCAUCACCACACACUACACCAUUCAUCCUCGGGAUAAAGAUCCAAGAUGGGAAGGUAUCGAAAUGGAGAGGUUUGCAGACGAGGCAGAUGUUGUGAUAGUAGGCGGUGGCCCUGCUGGUCUUUCAGCAGCCAUUCGCCUUAAGCAGCUCGCGACUGAACAAGAGAAGGAGCUGCGAGUGUGCCUUGUGGAGAAGGCCCCUCAGAUCGGCGCACACACGCUGUCCGGAGCCUGUCUGGAGCCAAGCAGCCUCAUUGAGCUCUUUCCUGAUUGGAAAGAACGAGGAGCACCCCUGAACACUCCUGUGACAGAAGAUGUUUUCAGCAUUUUUACAGAGAAGCACAGAAUCCCUGUCCCCAUAUUGCCAGGACUGCCCAUGCAGAACCAUGGUAACUACAUUGUGAGGCUGGGAAACCUUGUGCGUUGGCUGGGGGAGCAGGCUGAGGAGCUUGGAGUGGAGAUUUACCCUGGUUAUGCUGCAGCUGAGGUCUUAUUUCACGAGGAUGGAAGUGUUAAAGGUAUCGGCACUAAUGAUGUAGGCAUCGCCAAGGAUGGCUCACCCAAGGAUGUUUUUGAGCGAGGAAUGGAGCUACAUGCUAAGGUCACCUUGUUUGGAGAAGGCUGCCACGGCCAUUUAGCCAAGCAGCUUUAUAAGCAAUUCAACCUGCGGGAGAACUGUGAACCCCAGACUUAUGCUAUUGGCCUGAAGGAGCUGUGGAUGAUUGAUGAGAAGAAGUGGAGACCAGGCAGAACUGAGCAUUCUGUCGGGUGGCCCCUGGACAGACACACAUAUGGAGGAUCCUUCCUCUAUCACCUCAAUGAAGGAGAGCCUCUAGUGGCCUUAGGCUUAGUGGUUGGUUUAGAUUAUUCCAAUCCUUAUUUAAGCCCUUUCAGGGAGUUUCAACGCUGGAAACAUCACCCUUUCGUAGCUUCCACACUGGAGGGAGGUCAGAGGAUUGCUUAUGGAGCCAGAGCUUUAAACGAGGGAGGAUUUCAGUGUAUCCCUAAGCUGACGUUUCCUGGAGGUUUGCUGAUUGGCUGCAGCCCCGGUUUCAUGAACGUCCCAAAGAUCAAAGGCACCCACACGGCCAUGAAGAGCGGCAUGCUGGCCGCCGAAGCCAUUUUCCCCAAAGUCACUGCAGAGAACCUGGACUCAGAGACUGCAGGGAUCCAUGUACCUGAGUACAGUGAGAGCUUGAAGAAUUCAUCCGUGUGGAAAGAGCUGCAUGCCGUCAGGAACAUCAGGCCGUCCUUCCACAAUUACUUCGGCCUUUAUGGCGGCAUGGUCUACACUGGCAUUUUCUACUGGAUGUUACGAGGGAAAGAGCCUUGGACACUCAAACACAGAGGUAUGGAUGCAAACCAGCUGAAACCGGCUAAAGAAUGUAAGCCCAUCGAGUAUCCCAAACCUGACGGCAAAAUUAGCUUUGACCUCCUGUCCUCUGUGGCCUUGAGUGGCACCAACCACGAGGGGGACCAGCCUCCACACCUGACCUUAAAGGACGACAGCGUCCCCGUCGCAAGAAACCUGGCCAUUUACGACGGACCUGAGCAGCGCUUCUGCCCUGCAGGUGUGUAUGAGUACGUUCCCGUGGAAACUGGAGACGGGAUGAGAUUACAGAUAAAUGCUCAGAACUGUGUCCACUGCAAGACCUGCGACAUCAAGGACCCCAGCCAGAACAUCAACUGGGUCGUGCCGGAGGGAGGCGGCGGACCAGCCUACAACGGAAUGUAAACUUUUGUCUUCGGCGACUCGUAUUUCACAUCGAGUCCAGUGUUGUCGGUAUGUGCCUAAGUGUGAACCGUUAUCUACGUAGCCGUCUGAGGGUACAGAACUUUCAAUUAGAAAGGGUUUUAUUAAGCUUGAGAAAAGCGGACCAUGUGAAAGCCCAACUGAUGGGUUCUGUGUGAGCUCUGUGGGGCAUUUUGUAAAAAGUUAACAAGCUGUAAAUGAAUGCAUGAGAAUUUCAUUUUUAAGAGCAACUAAUAGAAAAAGUGAAUAUUGUCACAGAAAAUAAAGAACACUUCAGUUA